ACUUUCUCUCUUGCUUUAAUUGUGCCCUGCCUUCGGUAAAAAUAAAUCUCUUUCUCCAAGCUUUCAAUCCUUCUUCAUUUCCUAUACUCUUCAUCAAUUCGAAUAAACCCCAAAAUCACCUCCUUCUCUCCCCUAGUAAUCGCGCCGUCUAAUAACGCCGCCGUAGAACACCAAACACCGCAGCGCUCAACUUGCCGUCGGUUUCUCUCUCUCUUCUCUCCUUGAUGGCUGGAGCAUUAGGAUUUAGUAGCCUAGCGCCCAAGACAAAGAAUUUCAUAGUUGCUGGAGGUUUGACAACGUUUGUCUUUGGGGCAUACUUCUACACCAUGAGAGCUGUUGGAGGUACUGAUGAACUCCAGGUAGCCAUAGAUAAGUUUGAAGCUGACAAGACCACUAAAGAGGGUGAAGUAAGCAUUCCUUCAAAGGUCUAAAACUAUUUGCUUACACACCAAAAAUGAUACUUUGGUUGUACUCUCUGUAUUGGUUUGAUAUAAAAGCUUUCAUCCCCUUUCAGCAUUGAAAUGUUUAAAAAAUGAUUUUGAAACUUGUACUUAAUAAAUUUUAGGAUAAAACUGAUACCGUUCCUUCUGUUA